AUGUUGAAUAGCUGGGCCGGUUACUUGGCUGACAAUGCGCUGUAUCCUUCGAACCAGGUGUCAUUGGCCUCUCCGACUGCAAGCGAUAAUUCGACAAAUGUGGCCGCCAAAGGGAUCAUCGGUAUCGGGGCGAUGGGGACUAUUAAUAAAUUAUUGAAUUAUGACAGCGACAGCUCUGUCAAUUACUCGUCGAUAGCGGCUGAAUACGCCUCGCAUUGGGAGUCGCUAGCUUUUGUCACGUCCAAUGGGCAGGCGCAUCUAACUUCGACAUAUGGAGGUCCGGAGUCCUCCUGGGCACUGGUGGACUCACUAUUCGGCGAUAAGUUACUUGCGACGGGGGUGAUAAGUUCGCAGGUCUAUGAUGCCCAAACCCAGUUCUACGAGCAAUUGAUAGAAGAUAAUCCUGCCUCCUAUGCGUUUGGACUUCCUAUGGAUGAUCUGUCGGAGAUUGGGAACUCAGCGGCUCUGGCAAUGGUUGCCGCAACCAUGACAAAUGCAAGUACUUGCGCUCAAAUUCUGUCGAGCAUUGCUUCGUAUGCUUCGGUGAACACAAGAGUCGACAUCUUUGCUUCUUCGUAUUAUGUCUUGAAUGGAUCGUACAUUUCGGGCCCGGCAAGUCCUGCUCAAGGCGCGCUCUUUGCGCCUAUGAUAAUGAGUCUAUCAAUACCGCCAUCAAAUAGCACAACACCCCCUACGUCUUACACUCCCGGAUCUACUCCAGCCAAAUCACACACAAGUUUGGGCAUCAUUCUUGGGGCAGUUUUUGGAAGCGUCGCCGGGGUCUCGAUUUUUACCAUCGCCGCUGUGGUGUUCGUGCGUCACAGGCGAUACAAGGCCGUCCCAAUCGACUUGCCUAUUUCCUCGCCCCAUUUGCUAUAUGACACGGUUACACCGUUCGUCCCCUCUGAGGAUGGCGUCUCGGGAUCGUAUGUUUCGCCUGAAGAUCUCCGGUCAGCGAAAAUGGAAGGGAUCCGCCAUGCUGCAGUGAUAUCACGGUCUGGGUCCAAUUCGACGCCCUCGCCGUCCCCUCCCCAGUCCUCCACGCAGCCGAGGAGUACGGCUAUUCCGCGCACGACUGCGGAGAACGCGACUACGAGAAGCGCGUCCGCCAGGAGCGCGGCUACUGGGAGUGCGGCUACUGGGAGCGCGGCUUCCCUUCUGGGGCAGCCCGAUGAGGGGCCAGGCAGAAACCACGUAAUGACUGAGCUGCGUACGGAAAUGUCGCAGCUGCGCCAGUUCAUGCAGAGUAUGAAUGAACGGAUGCACGUUGAAGCCCCUCCCACAUAUUCGGAAUAG